AGGAGGGGCAUUGGAGAGGGGCGAAGAGACACGAAGAGGAGAACCGACGGAGACGAGUCGAGUUUCGGGUUUGGGCUCGCUCGACGCUCGAGCCGUGCUUCAGUCGGCCGGCAAGCUCGCGUGCCGAGCCUUCGCGUCCCGUCGGCGACCUUUAUCGGCUUCGUUUUCCUCGUCGCUCGUCCCUCGUAAUCUCUUCUACCUUCCGCUUUUCCCUCUCGAUCGCUCGAGAUUUCAUGGAUAAACGUUCCUUCGCGUCCUCGAUCGAAUGCCGCCACCCCUACAACUAGGAAGCACCGUAAACCAUGGAUCGAUCUCCAAGGGACAUCGGGAAGCCUUCCACGAUGAGAACUCGAGAUCCGGAUUAGUCGCUCGUUGGAUCACGUUUCUUCUCUUCCGACGACGACGAAGACGACGACGACGACGAGCGAGCGAGUUUCUUUGAUAAUCCUGUGCGCCGAAUAUCGAAUAUUUUCGGAUACUACGAAUAACGAGAGUGAAAGGUGAAAAGUGAAGGAACGAUCUCGCAGUGGUCAUUUACCGACGAUCCGAAACAAAUCGAAUGUUCGACGACGAAGAAUGCUUCCGUUUUCCCUCUCGCGAGACGCUCGCUCGUACGACGAUGUACAUUCGUCGUUGUUUCUCGCGUCGAAUAGGUUCGAGGGGAGAGCGUAAAUGACACGUAUCUCGAGACGAUAAAAACAAACGGAAAAGAAGAAAAAAAAGACGGACGUACCUCGUUGUCGCGAACAAAUCGUCCGCGGGAAUCCCCGUGCUCUCGUGGAGAGAAAGAGUGGGAGAGAAAGAAAUAUAAGCGUUCUCGUUUCGCGAGUUUUGCGAGCGUGGGAUCGAUAUACGGAGGUCCCAACGCGCGCGAUAGCCAUCGCGGUCUCGUGGCGGGGCAACGUUGCGUCGCGUCGCGUCCUCGAAAAAACGACCGCAAAUCCUGAGAAUCUCGACGUUCGAUAGGAUCGCACCUUCUCGAGAAAUCCCGAAGAAAUAUCGAACUGUUAUCGUCCGUUCUUGGAACGUCGGACGAAGAUCGAACUCGCAAAAAGUUCGUAAUAGGCGAGUUCGCGCGGCCGACCUACCUUUCGACGACGAAGAAAAGGGAGAAGCGUUCCGUUGCUUUUUUCUCGGUGCCUCGAGACGAAGAGCGCGAUCGGUGAAAGGAGGGAAAAGGAAGGAGAGAGAGAGAGAGAGAGCGAGCGACUCGUCGAGCCGUUGCCCUAACGGGCUGGUGGAUCUACCGCACGCGUUAAUGAAAGGGCUGCGCCUUUGCCGGACGCGAACGAAGAAAUGACAAGGGCGACAGGUGCCGCUUUGCGCGUCCACUACUAACCGCACGAAGAGCCGCUUGACUAAUCUUCGAAAAAAACAUGCAUCCUCCUAAUUCUCCCUAAUCUCGACGAUGGUCGUACGGCGAUUCGAAAGUCUCGUCUCCGAUUACGAGCGUUCGCGACGCGAUCGCUAGGCUUUCCCUCGAGAGAAUCGGCGCGAGCGAGUUCUUCGAAGAUGCGAAAGAGUCCCAAAGAUGCGCAGGACCAGCAGCAAUGGCUUAAAGCUCGAUCUAACGGAGAACACGCCAGGUAGCUCGUUGUCUAGGUUACCGAACUUGGUCGAGCAUGCGGAGAGUUGCCAGGCCCUGUCCACCGGCACGGGAGAGAAUUUAAGCAGCAAAUUGCCGAACGUGGUCGAGGGCUCGAUGGACUAUGGUAGCGAACGUAGGUCCUCCCGGUACUUGGAGUAUCAAGAUUCGAAGUCCUACCAGGAUGGUCAGGCCGCGUCGUCGGUGGCCGGCGGUACGUACGAUCACGUCGAUUAUCACGAACAACUGAGGGCUUACAGGAACUGCGAGAGAAAGACCGGGCCGAGCUACGGUAGAGAAAACGUCGAUAGAUACGAGGACAAUAGAAUAUAUCCGGAGGACGGUCCGAGGUACGAUCGUCGAGGAGCGGCGGUCGAGGAUAGAACCUACGAGGAAUCGGAUUUGGACGGGUCUUACGAAAGAAGCGACGCUCAAAAGUUGAGCGCGAGAGCUUAUCCCACGGAGCUGCAGGAUGCUAGCAGACGAUACUCGAGGGACUUGACGGAUUACGAGUACGCUUCGAGAUACGCCGAGGAAACGUUGAAGCUCGAACCGAAGAAGGAUCAUCAUCAUCAUCACCAUCACCAUCAUCACUCCGGUAAGAUCUACGAGGCCCCGGUGGGUGCGUCGAAGGGUUACGAGUCCGGCGUCAAGACCCACGACUCGGCUUACGAGCUCGGCAGCUGCGCCGGACAACAACAGCAGCAGCAGCAGCAGCAGCAGCAGGAUCCGGGGUCGGCCGGUAGGAAGUAUGAGAGCAAGUAUCAUUCGGCCGGCAAGAUGUACGGGACUUUACCGAGGUACGACACCGCCGGCAAGUCCUCCAGCUACGAGGCCGGUUACGAGCCGAGAUCGUUCGAGUCCAAGUACGAGGAGCAAGCGUACGAGACCGGUAGCAAGGCUUUCGAUCCCAAAUACGAAUUAACGAGCUCGAAGAGCUACGAGAGAUGCAAGUACGACGGCUCCUCUUCGGGCAGAUACCGCGACAAGUCCUACGAGCAAACGCUCAAGAUCGGCGAGCUCGGUUCGUCCUCGUCGGCCGGUCCUUACGCGAGAAAACAGAAUCAAGAACACGAGGACGUCGCCGCGGAGAAGAUGAACGGUUACAGGAAGAACACGUUCGAGGCGUACGGGGUUUACUCGGAUCCGGAGGACGACCACGGUUUUCUAGCCGAGAAGAAAGCUCCUCAAUACACGUACAAAGGGGUAGUCGUUAACGCCAGCGGGGAAUCGAGCGUCGUCGAGAAGCGCGCGAAGGACAACAGGCAAACGGAAAUGCCCCGAAGUCCUUGGUGCAGGCCUAUGAUCUUGCUGCUCCUUCUGGUCCUCCUCGUCGUUAUUUUCGUAUUCGUCGCUGGAAUACUUUUGUAUUUCAAUUAUAUGUCCUACAAACCACGCCAUCCCGUUAUCGAGGGUAAGGAUCUAAAUUUCGCCAGUAAUAACGCCGAACCCUGCGAGAAGACUUAUUGCGCUUGGGGCGCGACGUGCGUCGUAUCCGAGAACGGAAAAGCUUUGUGCCAGUGUCCAACGAAUUGUCCGUCAAAUUCCGCACAGGUUUGCGGCUCCGACGACGUGACGUAUACGAAUCAAUGUCAUCUGAGACAGGCGAGCUGCCAGAGAAGGAAGAAUACUAGAAUAAAACACGAGGGUGCCUGCGAGAUCAAGGAUCCGUGCAGCAAGUUGAACUGCUCUCAAGGUGCCCAAUGCGUGCGAAGUCGCGACGGUACCGAGGCCUCGUGCGAGUGCCUGCAAACGUGUCCGAACUUGGGAGAUCACGAGGGCUCUGGACCCGUUUGCGGCACGGACGGCAUCGACUACCCGACCUUGUGCGACCUGAACAAAGGCGCUUGUGCGAAAGGCGCAAACAUCAGCGUGGCUUUUCGCGGCAAAUGCGAUCCCUGUGGUAGCGUCGAAUGCAUGGAACCAGAAAUCUGUCAGUUGGAUGGCUCCAGGCAACCCGCUUGCCGUUGCGGAGAACAGUGCGGACUCGAAUUUUCGCCCGUAUGCGGAAGCGACGGUAAGACUUACUCGAACGAGUGCAGCCUCCGACAAGAAGCUUGCAGAUCGAGACUUCCACUUCGAAAGAUCUAUAAUGGUGCCUGCAGUUCAGGUAUCAAUCCCUGCGACGAGGCGAAAUGCGGUUCGUACGAACAAUGUGCCAUCAACCGAUAUGGCAUUGCGAGCUGCGAAUGCGGUCCGGAAUGCGAGCCAGUCAUGAGACCAGUUUGUGCGCGCGGUGGCACCACCUACACGUCCCUUUGCGAGCUCAAGAGACGGGCCUGUCUAACGAAGAGCAAUAUCGAGGUCGCUUACACGGGUACCUGCGGCUCGAGAGGACCCUGCUCCGAAAAGGUCUGCCAAUGGGGUGCAAUUUGUGCGGAAAACGGCGGAACCGCCAUUUGCGAGUGUCCUACCUGUCCGGCGGAGUUUCAGCCAGUUUGCGGGGACGACGGCAUCAGCUACGGAAACGAGUGCAAGCUGAGAUUAGAGGCGUGCCAACAUCGCCGAGAGAUUCGAGUUCUUUAUCAGGGCUUGUGUAACGGUUGCGAAAAUAAGAAGUGCGAACAUUACGCAGAAUGCGAGAGCGACAGCGCCGGGGAGGCAAAAUGCGUUUGCCCGACGAAAUGCGAAAAUUCGGGGAAAGAGCCGACGGACAAAGUUUGCGGAUCCGACGGUGUGACCUACGAGAACGAGUGCGCCUUGAAGAAGGUUUCCUGCACGACUCAGACUGAAAUCGUCAUCCAUUAUAUGGGCGAUUGUGAACUUUGCGCGAGGGUGGAAUGCGAAAACGGAGGCCGCUGUAUGGCAGGGGUCUGCGUAUGCCCGGAGAUCUGUCCGGAAAGUAACGGAGAGCCUGUAUGCGGUAGCGACGCCAAGACUUACCAAUCCGAGUGUGAAUUACAAAAGGCAGCUUGUGGGAGGGACCCGAAAUUGCCGGCCCUGCACGUGAUUUUCUACGGCGACUGCGGUGAAAGAUUCGCUGUGGCAGCGCUGACGACGAUGUCGACCCCGGCUCUGACACGCGUGGCCACCACGGUCGCCGACGUUACCAGCACUCAAGAACGAGAGGCUUGCAAGGACAUUCAUUGCGAUUUCGAGGCCACGUGCGAACUCGGACCGGAUAAAUUUCCAAGAUGUAGCUGCCGCUUCGAUUGUGCCUCGAUAUCGCCGGAAAAUAUGCGUCCGGUUUGCGGCAGCGAUCUUAGGACAUAUUCGUCUCUCUGCGCGAUGAAGAUGGAGGCCUGUCAGCGACAACAGGAGUUACGACUGAGGCCCCUUGAUCUUUGUCAAGGCAUGGAGGUAAAACCUUGCAACGGAGAUCCGCCGUUGAUAGACGCCGAUGGCAAGGAGUACGACUGCGGAAGCGGACCCGAUCGCAGAGAUUGUCCGAGCAAUAGCUAUUGCCAUCAAACUCCACGAUUCGCUCGCUGUUGCAAGAAAGUCCAAGGAAUUCAAGUGGUCAAGUGUUCGGAUUCCUGGCACGGCUGCUGUCCGGACGGUAAAACCGCAGCGCUUGGACCGGAUGGCGCUGGUUGUCCCAGUUCGUGCAAUUGUAACAGACUGGGUAGCGUAUCCGACACCUGCAAUCCGGAAACCGGACAGUGCGAAUGUCGACCAGGAGUGGGUGGUCUCAAGUGCGACAGAUGCAUGCCAGGUUACUGGGGAUUGCCAAAGAUCAGCGAGGGACAUCAAGGAUGUAUACCCUGCGGUUGUUCGCUCUUUGGUUCCGUCCGGGAGGAUUGCGAGCAAAUGACCGGACGUUGCGUCUGUAAGCCCGACAUUCAAGGGCAAAAGUGUACGAUCUGCACCGAUCACAAUAAAAUACUCACGCCUACCGGCUGUUAUUCAGCCGAUACGAUACCGCCGAUUCCAACCUCUUGCAAGGAACUGGAGUGCUAUUCCGGAGGACAUUGCUCCGAAAUAGGCGGUCCACACUGCGUCUGUCCGUCCUCCUGUCCAACGGACAUACCGUUGGUACCGGUUUGCGGUAGCGACGGACAGACCUACGACAGCGAGUGCGAACUACGUCUCUACGCGUGUCGUCACCAGGCGGACGUGGUGACCCAGGCCUUUGGUCACUGCAGAGACGAUCCUCUCGUGAACACGGACUUCCCCGUUAAGAGAUACACCGCCGUGCAAUACACUCAACCAGCAGCCGCUAUUUCGCCAUUAUCUAAAUCUACCAGGCACCUUUUGGUCCCAGAACCAGAUCCACGAUACUAUUACACUCAUCGAGCUCAUCAAGAAACCAUCACCAUCGACAGAGAUAACCUUAAGCACGGAAUCGCUGCGGCAUAUCGGCCGACGCCCGCUACUAUUAGAGUCGUCACGGCGCUUCUCGGUGAUCUUUGCACCGACGAUAAGGACUGCACGAUUCCCAAUAGCGAAUGUUCCAACGGAGGUUGCAUCUGUUCCGAGGGUUACGCGGAAACCAGCGAUCGACAAGAAUGUUUCGCCAAUUACGUGCCAGUAACACCGACGGAGGAAUUUCGUGCCUGUCUCUCCUAUCCUUGCCACAUGACAUCAACGUGCAUCGACCUGCCGAGCGCAACAUUCGUCUGCAUCUGUCGGCCGAAUUACACGGGGCUGCUGUGCGACGAAGAGAUAAACAAGAGAGAUUACGAGGUACCUUCCUUCGACGGUAAGAGCUACGUCAGAAUGAGCAGGCUGAAGGCCUAUCAUAAGUUCAGCAUCGAGGUCGAAUUAAAGACCUACGCCGACAACGGAAUCAUACUUUACAAUCAGCAGAAGAGCGACGGGACCGGCGAUUUCGUAUCUCUCGCUAUCGUCGACGGACACGUACAAUUUAGAUACAAUCUUGGUAACGGUCCGGUCAUCCUCACUUCGCCGGAAAAAGUCACCAUGAAGACCUUCCAUAGAGUAGCGGCGAAAAGGUAUCACAAGGACGGAGUACUGAUCUUCAACGAUGGCGAGGAUAUCGUUGGCCAGAGCCAAGGGGUGCUAAAGUCCUUGGAUCUGAACCAGGAUACCUUCGUUGGGAAUAUGCCCAGCAAUUAUUCAAAAGUCUACGACAAUAUCGGCACCAACCACGGUUUUCUGGGAUGCAUACGGAAGCUGAAGAUCAAUCGAAUAUUCGUGGACCUGCACGUUGGACGAGAUAAAGACGUUUUGGAGACUUAUCGCGUUAAGGAAUGCGGAGACAACGCGUGCGCCAAUCUUCCCUGUGAAAACGGAGCGACUUGUCAACCGAUCUACGAGGAGGAUCUCUGCAAUGGUCGGGAAUGUCGAAGAUUGCAAAAGAGGGGUAAGAAUAGGAUCAAUAAGAACGCUCGCAAGAACGGCGUAAGCAUCGUCAGGUGUAAGGGCUCGCAUUGCGCCUCGAUCGAUCAGCCAAGAUCGAAGAAGAAUUCGAAGAAACGUUGCGUUGGUACAAAGUGCGAUUACGACUACGAUCUUGAUUACGAGGGGAGUUUCGAGCGUGGCAAUUACGCGGUCGAAAAGUACGAGCCACCGGAUUACAAGUGCAUUUGCCCGCCUCAAUUCACCGGCCGGAAUUGCGAGGAAUCCUUGGAUCCUUGUAUCGACGAGCCCUGCCAACACGGUGCCACUUGCGACAUACUGCCCCAGGGUGGAUACGUUUGCAAAUGUCCACCCGGCAGGACCGGCGUUCAUUGCGAAAUUCUGGACGCGGAAUUAACGGAACUGUUAAUACCAGAGAUGUCCGGCGACGGUUUUCUCGAAUUGCCAUGCCUCGAAGGUGUCGCCAAAGCCUUCUCCAUCGAACUAUGGUUCCUCACUCUCGUCAACGACGGCCUUUUGCUAUACAACGGCCAACUGAACAACGGAAGAGGCGAUUUUAUCAGUUUGAACUUGGUCCACGGUAGACUAGAGUUCAGGUUCAACCUCGGAAGCGGUAUCGCCAAUAUCACGUCCCCGGACAUCGUUACUUUGGAUAGCUGGCAUUGCGUCAGGAUAAGCAGACUCGGAAGGGAGGGCGUUCUUCAGUUGGACGACGGAACGGUGGCGAGGGGACUCUCUGGAAGUCCUCUGACGGAGUUGAACCUGGAAACGCCUUUGUACGUCGGUGGUGUCAAACAUUGGAGAGAAGUACAUCGCUUGGCGGGAGCUUGGACCGGAUUAACGGGAGCCGUUCAAAGGCUGAUGGUUAACGGCAAGACUUAUCAAAAUCUUGCCGUAAACGUGACGCAACACAAUACCGAGAUCUACGACGGUUUACCUUGUCCGAGCAACGAGAAUCCUUGUCACAACGGUGGCGUUUGCCUUCCGCUCUUGAACAGUUACCUCUGCAAGUGUGCCAGCGGCUACAACGGACUGCACUGCGAGUUUUUCAUGGGGUACGACGUUUCCGGCACAGAAAUUUCCGAGAGACCGGUACGAUUCGACGGCGACAACUUCUUGCAAUUUAAGCAUCGUUACGGUAGAAGUACUAACACAACUAAUACUACCCUCGGAGAGUAUUUCGAGGAGUCCUAUUCCGACUACGACAUGGAGGAGGACGGAGAGUACGAGUACGACAGUUACGAUUAUACGGAACGCAGAGGACAACAAUCGAACAAGUUUGAGUUGCGACUGAGAACGAUUCAUCCGGAGGGCCUGAUCGCUUGGAUCGGAAGGGGAAAACUCGAACACCUUGUACUUUCCUUGCGCGGAGGAUACGUCGUUCUUUCUUACAAGAGUAAAACGGAACAGAUAAUGAUGAAGAGUAGGGAGAGAGUCGACGACGGUGUUUUCCAUCACAUAAGAGCGAGUCGAAGAAGGCGCGCCUCGACGAUACAAAUCGACGAAUUUGCACCGGUGAAGAUGCCAAUGGAGAGCGGAACCUUACUUACGACCAACGGGAAACUGUUCGUUGGUGGUAAACCAGGGCAUCGUGGUAUCAAGGGCUGCGUCACGGACUUUAUAGUCGACAAGCGUCGAUUGCAAUUGAUCAGACGGAAGAUCGACUUUUGUCACGACAACGACGUAUGAUGAUAACGAAUCGCGGAGACGAUCCGACGAUUCGCCCGAUUCACGGCCUCUCUUCUCCUUCGUCCAAGUUCGUCGUUCGGUUCGUCCGAUUCGUCCGGAUUGCGCCCGUUUCGUAUAUAUCGUGCGAACGUGUAGACGAGGAAGAGGAACGGAGCUUGGGAUACUCGACGAACGGACCGAAUCGUCGAACUGUCUUUCUUCCUUCCUUCCGGCUUCUCGAUAUUCGAUCGCGAAGCCCCUACGACUUUCUCCAAUUCUAUCGUCGUUCGCCCCGAACGAUCACGAUUCCUGCCAAAGUCCUAGAUCGCGAGGAAACGAUCGCUCUCCGUAAUUUUCGUACGUCUCGCGACUGCCAUACUUGAUCCGUUAUAAUACUUUUCGCUUCGAAGGUCGAACGGUCGUCGUUGUCGUGUCUCUUUUCCGAUCGAUGCGAGAGAGAGAGAGAGAAGGAAAGUGCGAGCGUGGUAAAAGUGCUGCGUUUUCAUCGAAAGACAAUAAUAUAUUUUUAAGCUGAUACGAUAAUUAUAUGCAUAGUAUUAUAUUAUAUAUAAUAUAUGUAUAUGUAUGUACGUACUCGCGCGCAAGAUUAUUCGAGAAAGAAUACAAGCGCGUCGAUUAACGCGCAUAAAACGAGCAGAAAGUAAGGAUAGACGAAUAAGCCUUCGACCGAGAUACUCGUAUUUAAAUAUCUACGAUAAGCUAUGCUAAUGCCCUUAAAGAGCAAGAUAAUAACAAAGAACACUUAACAUUGCCAAGACUGAAUAAAUAUCGGGACGAAAGAAAUCUUAGAGAGAAAGAGCGAGAGAGAGAGAGAGAGAGAGAGAGAAAGGCGCUAAUUUGGUGUUACGUUUGAGUGUUUGAUAGAGAGAUUUAAUGAAUAUGGAUUUCCAGAAAAUAGACGAAUGUACUUUAAUGGAUCGUUAAUUUAUGCCCAUAGCCAUAUGUACGCGAAAACAAAUACGAAAGGAGCAUAGAUUCCCUGUAUACACGUACAAACGCCGACACACACUUACACGGUCAAGCACACACGAUGUAACGUACACGCUGUUGUUUUUGGUAGGUGAGGCUUUUUACAAAACGCGCAGAAAGAAUAGAUGUAUUAUAAAUAUACACUUUAUAUAUAUACAUGUAUGUACAUAUAUAUAUAUAUGUAUAUAUGUAUGUGUAUGUAUACGUGUUUGUGUGUGUAUGUGUGUAUGUGUAUGUGUAUAUAUAUACACACAUAUAUACAUAUAUAUAUAUAGGUAUAUGAUCUAUUAUAUAUACAUUCCAUGUUACGAUGGAUAACACACGUGGUAAGUGAAUACGCGCCUAUGCAUUAGCAAAUGUACGACGAAAAUGGAUCCCAAGAAAACCCCGCUUGCGUGUGUUAAUCCAACGAUCCGAGCGAAAAAUAUGUGUGCGUGUGCGUGUGCGUGCGCGACGAACGAGUGAUAGAUGGAGAUAUACGCAUAUACCGAUAUAAAAGAUACAAAGGUAUAUAUCGUACGUGCGUGCGCUAGAUCUGUAAAUAACCGACAUAUACGUAUUCGAAUCGUUGAUUUAUCGAUUACGAAGCAAUGAACGUUUAGAGAUGUACAGAAUGCUGAAACUAAACGAAUGUAACGACUUAAUAAUCGUAACGUUUCACGAAUUAGCCUUUCCAUGCGCACGCGCCGUUUUAAUUUUUGCGUCAAGCCGAUGCGAUGUGUUCUUCCGUACCGAGACGAAAGCGUCUGAAUGACAACGCCUAAGAUAAUUGUUGAUCGUUACUUUCUAUCGAUUAGAAAAUACGUAAGCGCGGCUAAACGCACACUUUUUCGAUUGUUAGCGAUCUGGCUCGUUCCCUCUCUGGAAAUAUACGAAUUUUAUCUCGCGCGUCGCACUUCGUUGACGGUGCACGAACGCCUAAGUUCAAACUCUAUAUCAAUAAGGUUCGAUACUCUAUUUUCGUUGUACAUGCGACAUUUUUUAACGUCCUAUCCAUCGAAUUUUUCAUUUAUGCGAAAAUACGUAAGCGCGUGCCCGAUUUUACGGGCUUACAUAAAAUCUUGUUAAUCGACGUUUACUGUUUUUUACCACUAAGAAUGCGAUUAAUUAUAAUUUAAAUAUAAUUGUUAUCUAGAAGAUCGCUCUAUAAGAGAUAAUAUCUUCGAACGAAAAGAAAAAAUAUUGUCGUCGUCCGUAAUCAUUCAACGAUGAAACGUUUUUAACGGAUAAACGGAUAACGUCUAAUUCUAAUACCGAAAAGGAACUUUGGAUUCGCGAGGAACGAUUCCAGAUACGAUAGAUCGACGAAACGUCCAUCGAAUCCCGAAACGUGAUCGCGACGAAGCAACGUUACGCGCGAAGAACGAAACGAUACUGAUUUAAUGAUUAAGGCACGCGAUACCAUACCCUUCUUACCCGUUUAUCGUUAUUGCCUGAGAAGAUGCAAGGUUACUUCUCCGUAAGAUACGAAUUAUAAAACAAUUCCAAAACAUAUCCCUCUUUUGAGAUACGCAAGUAUGAUACUUACACACAUAUGUAUACAAUGUAUAUCUUCGUUUAAAACAGUACGUACAUAUCUUUUCCCAUGCAUUUCAUCGUUGACAUAUCGAACUAAAUGUUUCGUACGGUCCAAUAACGAGUCGCUGCGAACGAAUGAAGAACGAAUAGGCGAUCGAAAGUGAAAAAUAAAUGUUAUAAAAGAAAGAGACGAUUGAACGAUUAUCGCCGGUGUAUUGUAAAGCGCGUCCGGGUAUGAGAUUAAUCAUCCUUUUGUAGCAUUCGAGAACGAUCGUUGAUCGAUUCGAAACAAAGGAAUCGAGCAAGCGCGGGACCCAAAGAAAGAAAGACCCAACGUAACGAAUAAGCUUACUGCCAAUCUAAUUAGAGAUUCUGCGAUCCUGUCUUUUGCUCGGCCAUCGUGGUGUUCCUCGGAUGAUUAUCGAUAAAUUUCUAAACGAGGAGAAGAAAAGAGAAGAGAAGAGCGGAGAAGGCGGAUGACAAAUAGACGCUCGAAAGUAAAGAUCGAAGAGAGAAGGGAAUUAUUCGCAAGAUGCGUGUUCGCGCUUCGACUCCUUGAACGGAUAAACGUCGCCAAGAUAUAUUCCUGUGUAAAACAUACGCGGCUGGGCACACGAAUUUACACAGGAUACGAAUGCACACGUCUUAAUUAGUUUUUUUACUUUGGAUACCGUCGUUAACGCGCGACCAUUUUUGGCGCUACCUGUCCUAAAUACUGGAGCUACACUAUGUAACAAAGUACACUGUGCAUUGUAAAGUGACUGUAUAUACAAUUAUAAAUUAUGCGAUUACCUUGAAA